CAAACAAAAUGCCAACUGGACUAGUUGUAGCCGAGACUAACCCGAUGAACGACCCGAGCCAGCCAGUGAGCCUGACCUCACGCGCUCUCUCUCACACAUCCCGGCGACCCCCUUUUCCCCUAUUAUUCCCUUUCCCUACUCUCACGCUCCUCUCAUGUGUCGGCCGAGUCAUCGCCGAACCCCUUUUUAAAUCUAUAACCCUAAAUUCUCCCCUUCUCGUAGAAUAACCAUCCUUCUCUCGUAGUUUCAAUGGCCGACAUCACCGAUUCCGUUACGCCGUUGGCAAUAAUCACCCCUCCUUCUACCACUCCCGGCUCACGGGCGUUACCCGUUCGUGAGGAUUGUUGGUCGGAGGAAGCUACGUCUACCCUCAUUGACGCUUGGGGUCGACGUUAUGUCGAGCUUAACCGUGGGAACCUACGUCAGAUGGAUUGGCAGGAUGUCGCCGACGCCGUUAAUGCCCUUCACGGUCAUACUAAGAAGACUCAUCGUACCGAUGUUCAGUGUAAGAACAGGAUUGAUACCAUUAAGAAGAAGUAUAAGAUCGAGAAGACUACGGUCGCCGCUUCUAACGGAACCCUAAUGUCGUCGUGGCCGUUCUUUGAACGAUUGGAUGCUCUUAUCGGAUCUAAUUUUACAGCUAAAAAGGUUUCGCCGUUGCCUAAGAUAUCACCGAAGCCGUCGCCGAGGAUCCCCGGGUCUCCUCCCGUGGCUCUUCCUCUUCUGUUGCCGUACAGGAGGACUCCGGCGCCGACCACGGUUGUCGCACUUCCGAAGAAGAGGCCGGCAUUCGAUGAUGGGUAUUUCAAGAGAAAUUAUUCGGCUGCAGCGGUUGCUGAUAUAGAGGGUGACGAGGAAGAGGGAGAAGAAAGCGAGGGAGAUGAAAGUGAAGGAGAAGGAGAGGAGAGGGAAGGGAUGAAGAGAUUUGCCAGAGCGAUAGAAAGGCUUGGUCAAGUUUAUGAAAGAGUGGAAAGGGAAAAGCUGAGGCAGAUGGUGGAAUUGGAGAAGCAAAGAAUGCAAUUUGCUAAAGAUUUGGAAGUGCAGAGGAUGAAGAUGUUUAUGGAUACACAGGUGCAGCUCGAAAAGAUAAAGCGCAGCAAACGACCCGCGGGUUCCAGUGAUAUUUAUAGCUAGCCAGCUGGGGAAGAAUUUCGACAGCUAUUUCCAUGGGAGAAUACAUGAAGCAUAUAAUAUUUGACAUUUAUACUUAUCCCUUGAAAGUAUAUAUAGCUAUUUGUAGCAGAUACUGGACUGAGAACUCAGAGAAGAUAACCAGCAGUUGGCAGGUAGGAUUUAGUUUCUGUAGUUUGAAAGUUUCUCUUUUGCCGUUUGCCUUUUCCCUUUCAUUUGGAGGCCACCAAAAAAAAAACUGAAGUUGUAAUUUGGUUUGGACCUACACAGUUGGUCCAAUGUCUUUUGUUUUAGUUAUGGAAUCUCAUGCAGAUAGCUGCAAUGUACGAGGUUGAUUAGGUUGUAUCCAAAAACACUUUUCACUGCCCCCUG